AUGGCCUCAAACUCGCAUUCCGAAGCUUCUUCAUCUCAAAACCCUACUGACGUCCUCCGAACUGCCACUUUUUCACGUACGGAAGGUUCUGCGUCACCAGAAAAUGCUGUUACAUCUUCCGACCUGCUCAUGGCGGCAUACGACCCCGCCAGGCUUCACCCGUUAGCUGACUUGGGGGAUAAACUAGACUACCUACUUCUUGAUGAUGACAAGACAAGCGAACUUCCUGGAGCUGGUACGGCAAUACCCUCCAGGGGGUGGAGUGACGACCUUUGUUAUGGGACGGGUACCAUGUAUCUCGGUGGUUUGGCCCUUGGCGGUGCGUGGGGUGUGCGUGAAGGUGCUCGAAGGCCACUUGCCGUAUCAAAUACGAGACUACGGAUCAACAGCAUCCUGAACUCUGUUACUCGUCGAGGUACUUUCAUUGGCAACUCGGCCGGAGUAAUGGCCCUUAUGUACAAUGGGGUUAAUUCUUCCAUUGACGCAUUGAGAGGAAAACAUGACACAGCAGGCAGCAUGGCAGCUGGCGCAGUGACAGGCGCCUUAUUCAAAUCCACUGCUGGCAUCAAGCCGGCCAUUGCUGCUGCUACUUUAGUGUCAGGCAUGGCAGGAAUCUGGAGUUAUGUGAAAAAGAACAUUUGA